ACAAUUAGAUUGACGUCACAUACCAUCAUGGCGGAGUUAAAGCAUAUUGAAUAUACAGAAACAUAACAAACCUUUUCAACAAAGCAAUCGGAAAAUGACACGAUUCGUUUUGUGAUUAAAAUGGAACAUAUUAGAUCGUUCAUCAAACGAGGAACAAGAAAGUGGAUGUUUUUUAAGCUUCUAUGACGAAGUAUGUCGGACAGGAGAAAGCAUGACUCCCCUACAAAUACCUAUCGAGAAAUAUGCAGUCGUGUUCUUAAACUUUCUCGAAACAAAACAAACCCAUCGGGUAAAAGCCCGAAGCAGACACAAUCGACAGGUUAUGUCGGAAAGUCACCACAUACACGUUUUAAAGCAAAUUUACAGACUCCCAAACGGCAAGCAAGGUGCAGAUAUACAGGCUUAAACAACAGUGCGGAUUCCCCUGGUGAUGGAGAUGUGUUACAAGACAUCAUAUGGGACCCGACGUCACCUACUCCCAGAAGCGGGAAGGCGCCCGGCAACGGCAAAGUUAUUGAGAUAUCAGACAUCGUUAACCGCAUCGCCCCGAAGGAUGCCAAGCCCAUCUCCGUUGACAAUUCUCUGCUCCAGUGGAUUGGGGACAGUGCUGUCCCCUGUACCCCAGAGUAUAGCCUUCCCAGAGCCAGGAGGACGUUGAAGCGGAAAAGCUCGGUGGAGGACCUGAUGCAUCUGGCCAGGCAGUUUGACAUCAACAUGCAGCAAGGCCACGAGGAGCACAGCACCGAACACAUCACAAACAUCAACAACAACAACAACAUCAACAACCCGUGCGGGGCGGAACACAAGCACCCGGUGACCAUGACGACCGGUGUCUCAUCGGCCCAGCAGGUGGAGGCGGAGCUGAACGCUUUGUUUGACGGGCCAACGCAGCGAAUCAGCGGACGGUUCAGCCAAGCAUCAUCCGCCUCCGCCUGCUCACAGGAGGGUAACGGUGCAGUCAGAGUCCCUGCUGUUGGGGGUCAAGUCACAGGGUCAGAGGUCAAGCGUGGCAGCGAGACAAUGCCUUGCUCUACGGCUCGUAUCGACGAUAAGGUAGUAGGAGCUGCCAAUAGCACGGCAACUCCACCCAAAGACGAGGACUUUGAUGACGACUGGGAAAAUGAUGACCUGCUCAAUGACCCAUUUGUGUUAGAGAUUACCCAGAAUCCCGCAGGGCUGGAAACGUCAACCUGCAAACCUAGCAGCACACUGACCGCUGACAGGGACAGCACCCCGACAAAGAGCCUGCACACGACAAUCUCCCACUCUGCCUGCAAGGGAUCCGGCCCAAACCCUCCACCUCUAAACACAGGUGGCCUCGCUGGGCCGUGGCCCAAACACAAACUCUCCAAAAGAAGCACUUUCAUACUAGAGUCCAACCCUUGUUUUAAGGUAAACAUGUCUCACGUCAACGAAGGGUCUCCCAUCCCCCGACCAGGGAUCAGUGCUGGGAAAGGGCCCCCUGGGGAACCAAGUCCCGCCUCCUCUAAGUCCCCGCGCCAAACCCCCGGCCCAGCCCCGCGCCAAACCCCCGGCCCAGCCCCGCGCCAAACCCCCGGCCCAGCCCCGCGCCAAACCCCCGGCCCAGCCCCGCGCCAAACCCCCAGUGGGUCUUCUUCCGGCCCAGCCACAGAUGCUGCCUUCAGGGAGAUUUCAGACGACGAUCUUCAGUCCCUGUUCGACUCGGAGUUGCUGUGGAACGACGACCAAGGCGAUGACGACGUCCUGCUGUAUCAGGUUUGUGAUGAUGUGGAGAGGGUCUCCAACAGCCAGACUACGUCCAACGAGGUCAGCACAACCAGGGCCGCGGGCGGUUCUGGUACCGGUAGUGGACCAGUGACAACGGGCUCUUAUUUCCGCUCCAACUCAGAACCAGGGGAUAGGAGCAGCACCCACGUGAACUUUCAGGGAUGGAACAUUCCGGCUAAGGCAGGAAACGUCGGGGUUGGGCAUCAACCACUCGUGUCCUGUAGCCGUCCAGGUAGGGCUGAGGUUUUGGACAAGUUUACCCAGCUUCGGGAUGCUAAGGGCUGGGUAGCGUCUGGCCAAGGAGCCCUUGAAACUAGGAACUUCCAGACAGGGAACACAAAGACAGUCAUGCCAAGGACGGUGUCGGCAAGAACCCUGGCAAACACCGACACCAGUCAUGCUUCGUUGUUCAAGAGACACCUGUCGGACUCCGCUGUCUGCAACAAAGUGUUUUUCACCAGCCAGGUGACAGGGAAAUGCACAGCAGCAGAGAUUGAGAGGAAGAAACAGGAGGCCAUCGCCAGAAGGAAGUCCAAACAAACAUCCCUAAAGACACCAUGAAUAGAGACAGACACUACCCACCGUUUUCCCAUGAUACUGCAGUGUUUGUACUGCAGCGCCGCAGGGUUUGAGACCGCCAUUCUGACCCAGUCAAUCGUCUAUAGCAGAGGUUCAUUGGUUUCUGUUUGAGAGCUGAUCCGUGUUAAGCUGCUAUUCACUUUCUGAAGUUCACAGAAAAGUUUAGUUUAAAUAGAGCUGCAAAAACCAAGUCUGGGUGGAAUUAGUGUUUUUUUUAUUUUUACACAUCCCAAGUAGCAUUUUAACAUUCCAACUUUAGGACUAGAAUGCAUCAUCUUACUGCAGUUUAGUAUUUCUGCAUUUUCAUUGGGCUUAUCAAGAAAAUAAAUCCUCAAACCAAUUAUCUUUACAAUUGUCCUGGACCUGAAAGCGAAAGACGAUGAAGAGGCCGCAGAUGGAAGUCCUAGGCGUGUGUUUUCCCAAAACCCUUUUAACGAAGACCGCGCCAAUGGCAGCAAGGCGUUCUGAAUAUAGUUUUAGUAGCUGCAACGGUACCACUGUUUCAGUUCACGGUGGCUUCAACCUUCCAGCAAGACAUCCACGCUCCUAGCCUUUUUGAAAGUUGCCCCGCUUGGCUGUUAACCUCAUGAGCCUGACAGUACCUAGUGUGUACUGCAGUGGAUGGCAGCGGUGCCAUGUCACGUAGAGAAAAUGACUUUCACAUGGUUGCGAUCCAGGAAUUAGGAGCCACCCGGCCUCUGCAGCUCUGCAGCUUGACUGUGUCAUGUGGAGUGGUGUCGCAAACCUGUUAACCCAGAAUGUUUGUCCCUUGAACCCGUCACUGCUGACUAGAUCUGAGUUUUUGACUGUCCUGUAGUUUCUCCUGUCCUUUAUUUUUUUUGCGUGGUCUUAUUUACCUUGUUUAGUUUUAGUUUUCUAAUGGUGAUUUGCGUUGGCACGGACCACAACACAUCCAGGCACCUGCAGUAUUCUGCAGUAUUACAACAUGUCACAUUCACUGAAUUAAAAAACACCAUUAAAUUGUCAUCGAGACAUUU